AUGGCUGCAGAGCUCACGUCAACGAAGCUCAAUGCGGAGAAUCAUCUGCUCCUGGAUCAGCCUCUUCUACGAUUACCUCACGAGCUUGCGCGGAGAAACUUCAAAUCUGUUCAACGACUUGUCGAGAGGGAAAAGGAAUAUGUCAUUCCCGCACUCAAAGACGCCGCCAAUGUCUCCCUGUCGAAUGGUCAGACCCCGGAUCAAACUCUCGCGGCUCUCGACUCUAUGUUGGCUCGCAUGCAAAACCUGAAACGGAAAAUGGAAAGUAUCCAGCAAGAGGAGAAGAAAAUCCAAAACCAGUCACGAAAACGUAUACAGCACCUGGAGCAUCUGCACCAAAUUCCUAGCUUAGCAGAUGUCAAAUAUGACCAGUGGUCCAGGAUCAGGCUGGAUAGACUGGUGGUUGAUCACAUGCUGCGUUCCGGGUACACUGAGAGUGCUCAGCAGUUGGCCCAGGAGAAGGGAAUUGAAGACCUAGUUGAUCUUGAUGUCUUCGUACAGUGCCAAAGGAUUGCUCAGAGCUUGCGCCGUGGGGAAACAAAGGAGGCUUUGCAAUGGUGUAACGAGAACAAAGCGGCGUUGAAGAAGAGCCAGUUCAAUCUGGAGUUUGAAUUACGCCUGCAGCAGUAUAUCGAAAUGAUCAGGACAGGGGAUAGAGGGAAGCUCAUGGACGCUAUGGCACAUGCCAAAAGAUAUCUCACUCCGUAUACCGAAACGCAAUCAAAAGAAAUCCAUCGAGCAGCGGGACUACUCGCCUUCCCUCAGAACACUAAGGCUGAACCGUACAAGUCAAUGUACUCAUUCGACCGAUGGAAUUACCUGUCUGACCUCUUCAUCCGCACUCAUCAUGAACUUCUAUCGUUGCCUUCAAGCCCAUUAUUACAUAUUGCAUUGUCUGCUGGCUUAUCGGCCCUCAAGACUCCAUCUUGCCAUUCGGCAUAUACCUCCUCGAGUUCCAACUCUUUAUCUACCGCGACAUCCGUAUGUCCCAUAUGCUCGACUGAGCUGAAUGAACUUGCGCGUAAUAUGCCGUACGCCCAUCAUGCUAAGAGCUAUGUUGAGAGUGACCCGAUUGUCUUGCCAAAUGGUAGAAUAUACGGUCAGCAGCGGUUACUAGGCAUGAACAAGAAACUUGGCUGUGUUGAAACAGGCAAGGUGAAAGAUCCCACCACCAGCGAGAUCUUCGACGAGAGUGAGAUGAAAAAGGUUUACAUAAUGUAG